ACUCUAAAUAUCAGUAAAUAUAAAAUUGCUAACACGCUUAAAUGAACCAAAAUUGUAAAAAUGAGUGAAAAUCGUGAGUGGAUGUAUCAACGUUUUCUACCUGAUGGAGCUUUGAAUCCUGAUUUUCAAAGAGGUCUUCAACGUUUCAUUGAUUAGGCUAGCAGUAGACGAGAUUUAAUGGAUGGGGAAAAAAUUAGGUGCCCGUGUAGGAGAUGCGAUAAUAUACGUUUCCAUACUAGAAACAAUGUUCAAUAUCACAUUGCGAAGAAUGGAUUUGUGGGGGAUUACUAUAUUUGGAGGUUUCAUGGGGAAAUUGAAAUGGCUACGACUGAAUAUCAUAACUUGGAAGAACAAGAGGCCUUCUUUUAUUCACGAGGAUCACUGGCCUAAUUGGCUUAAGUACUGGGACUCUGAUGAAUUCAAAGCCAAAUCAGAGAUAGCAAAAAAGUGUAGGAUGUCUGAGCCUUUAGGUCCUGGAACUGGUCAAGUGAAGCACAAGGGAGGUUCGAGGUCUAUUCUUCAGUAUGCUGAAGAAGUGGCUAAAAGGAAAAGAGUGGAGCCGACUGAAUGUUUCUACGAUGCUUAUCAGAUCCUUCAUAAGAACAAGGAUGGUACUUAUACAGACGAGAAGUCUAGACAUAUUGGAGAAAGAAUGGAUGAAUUAGUUGCUUCUCAGAGUCAGCCUGUGGAUGAUGAUUCUGAUCCGCCAGAGAUCGAUAUGAACAAGGUGUACAUGGAGGCUGUUGGUGGACUCGACAAAAAGAAGAGAAUGUUUGGAGUUGGUGGACUUGCAAGCCAGCUAUAG